UUCCUAUCUCGAUGGUCUAGUCCUAGUCAAGUCCAAUGUCAAUCUGACAUUGACAUUCCAACAUUUUGUUUGAUUUUUCGUCACAACAACGAGUCAUUGACGAAUAUCGAUUUAUUUUCUUUCCUGCCAGUUCGCUGAAAUAAAAGUGUUGUAAAAUGGCUAACGAUACUCCUGAGAGCGAUUUCUCGAUAGAAUGUUUCCAGAAUUACUCAGCCCCAGAAGUUUUUGUCCAGGGUUUGGCGGGGAUGGUGAAUCAGAACGAUGUAGAAACUAUCAUCCGUGCUCAGAAGAAUAUGUUGCAGCGUUUUGAGAAGACAACAGAGAUGUUAACGAAUUGCAACCAGCUGUCUGCCAGCCGGCUGCGAGCUGCCUCCACGGAGUUCACGAAGCACACGCAGCUGCUGCUGGAGAUGAGGAAAGAUCUGGAGUUUAUAUUUAAGAAGAUUAGAGCUAUUAAGACUAAAUUAAGCACACAGUACCCAGAAGCAUACAAAUCAGCAGUAGCUGCAUCAAUAGCCAACAGACGCCCUGCAGAAGAUGAUGAUGAAGACUUCAAACCAUCCGACUCCAGGACGGAAUCCAAAAUGGUUGCCACAGUUUCCACAGAAACUCUGAAACCUACCACCAGUGAAACUACCAAGAAAUCUAAGAAAAAACCACUGACCACUGAUGAAAGUAAUAAUAAUAAAGAACCCAGUGCUGCCAGCGCAGAAAAUCCAAAGAAUCUUGGUAGAAAAGUAAAGAGGAAUAGUAGUUCUUCUGAGACAGAAAGUGCGAGUUCUGGUGAUGACAGCAGUACGGAUACUGGCUGAAAAGGUUGAAAUUAAUGUUUUUUUUACAUCUUGCUUUCUGCAUAUGGGCAGCCUUAAAUGUUUGGCUUACUCUGAGCGUAUUAUCUAAUGCCUUGUGUAAAAGGUUUAAUUGUUUAUAUAAAAAUUAUAUUAAUAACAACCUUUGUCAAUUAAGACAUGCAAAGGACUUUUAUCUGGCUAAGUAAAGGGUGCAACUGUGUUCCAAGAAAUAUUUAAUAUAGCUCAAGGUACUAUAAAAAAAAAGUAUAUUAUAUACCUCAUUAUGGCAUCAUUCCUGUGUAUGCUUUGUUAUACUCAUUAACACAAUAAGUUAUCAGGUAUAUGUUUUAUCAUGUAAAUAUGUAAGUCUUCAAAGAAAUAUAAGUAACUUUCAACAUUACUAUAUAACACCUGUACCAAGAGGUGAUUCGUUUUUUUUUAGGAUAGUGUAAUUUCCUACCUUGAUGUUGGUAAAGUCUUCAAAUAAUGAAGGAACCAUAAAUAAAAAUGAAAACUAUUAUGAGACAAGUUAAUCGCCUUUAUGACAGAUUUGACAUGGUUUGUCUUUGGCUACCUGUUCGUUAAAGCUUUUUGUAUAUUUGCUUAUGAUAGUUUCUUCAAUAUUUUAAUCAGAGUAAGUUUACCUCACUAUGGAAUAAGAUUAAUAUAGUAACAAAAUUGUCUCAUAUGUUCAGAACAAAUACUCACCCUCAAUUUUUUUUUGUCUUCCAUAUAAAAAAUAACUGCAUAAAUAUGUGUAAUUCUCAAUAUUCAAUUUAUCUGUUUAAUAUUGACUAAAAUGCUAUGAUUAUUUAUUUAAAAACAAUACUUAUAGUGGAAUCAUGUAAAUAAAACAAAAAUUAAUAAAGAUUAUCAAAAUAUUA